AUGGGCCGAGGCGGUGGCGGUUACCGAAGUGGCGGCAGUGGCUACCGGGGUGGCGGCGGCUACCGAAGUGGCGGCGGUGGCGGUAAAUACCGUGGCGGCGGAUACCAGGGCGGUUACGGCGCUCGACCGUAUCCACCAUACGGUGCUGCCGUGCCCGUACCGAUGCCGUCUGCCCCCAUGAUGCAUGCCGGUGGGUACCCUAUGGCACCGCAGGCACCCGUCGCAGUGGGUGGUGGCGGCAUGUACAGUGUCCCACAUUCACAGCCCCCCCCGCCGCAUGUCCCGAUGCAAAUGCCGGUUGCUGUGCCGCAGUGGGGUCAGGCCCCCCCGCCGCUUGCCGGUGAAAAACGGGGUCGUGACUCUCCUGAAAGGCGGAGAUCCGACAGCCGCGAGAGAUAUCGUCGCCGCUCCCGCUCUGAUAGCCGCCAGCACCGUCGUGGGUCCGACGACAACCAGCAUCGUCGUUACGGCAGCCACGAACACCGCUGA